AUGCCUGUUCUUCCUCAACUCGAAGGCUCAACCUUUAAUGCCGACCUCCGUGACCGCCACAUCAUCCACGACAACGCAGCCCACGACCGCAACGGCAACCCAGAAAAAUGGCGCUACGAGAUCUGGUUCUUCAACGAAGACAGGGUGAUCUACGCUAUCCACGGGGGUCCAAUGGCUGACCGCAAGAACUUUCAGGCUGCGACCUAUCAAUGUAUCCGUUUUGGAGAGCUGUGGCAGGUGAACUGGCAGGAGGAAACGGGGACGAUUUGCUCCCUCGUCCUCGACAUCCCUAACCAGCGAUUGAGUACCCUUCUGGGCUUCUCGAAAAGACAUUGGAGGACAGAGAACGAGGCUGCACACGGGGACAAGCGCAACGCGGAGGACUUUGCCCGCUGGCGCGAGUUGGCCAAAAUCGAGUCAUCUCAGGCGGAUCGGAUCCUGCUGAGCGAACAGGCGGAGAUCCUCGAGGAUUCCCGGGGCGUGGGCGACUUAGAGCCCAUCGAUCUGUCGUGGCAGACGCUGUAGAGGAACCGAAUCAACUCACAGUUAUGCAUGUAUAAAGCUACAUUGACAUGGAUAACAAUGCAGCCAAUGCAAUCCUGUAGUUAAGGCGCCAAUGCUGACAUGACGCCCACUGGACUUGCAUCCUGGCCACCCCAGAGACAUUGCGUACAACCCCGCACCAUGUCCAAA